AUGAAUACAACGGAUGAGCGCAAAGUGCUCAGAGUAACGUUUCCCAAUCAUUUUCCUUAUAUUAACUAUGCUGAUUGUGUUGUUGGGGAUGCGAUAGCGAAGUCUUGCGGUUAUCCGGGAUUGAUGUACGAUGUAAGUUGGCAAUAUUUAAGAGCAAAUGUUUGUUUUUGUAAAAUCAAUGUUUAGUAGAAAUUGUGCUUUUGGUUUCUCAAAUAUAUUUUAUGUUAUCAAAGUUAUCUCGUUUUAGAUAUUCAAAUUGAUUGCAAGAGAGAUUGACUACAGAUUGGAACCUGUUAUGAAAAGCGACAUAAAGUUUGAAGAUCUAGAGUCGAUUACAGAACGUAUGAUCACAUUGAACUACAAUUCUGUUGGAAUUCCUUUUCAAAAAACGGCCGAACGCAUGGAAGUUGCUGAUCUAACCGAUACUAUGUAUGAGGUAAAGUACUUUCACUUUUGAGUCAUAUUUUACUUGUUUUUAGCUAUUUAGGGACGUGCUUAUGUAAAUGUAUUACCUAAAAUUGUAUAUCGUUAUAGGUAGACGGUUAUAUAAUGAUAUACGUCGCAGAAGCGAUGGAUGAAGGUUGGUGGAACAUCUUUAAAGUUUAUGAUAACUCAACAUGGGCUCUGUUCUUCGUUAUUUUAAUUUUGGAAUGUGUAUUUGUUUGUUUUGUGAACCAGAUUGAAAUACGUUGGAAAUUUAAGAAAAACGUCAGAAACAGGGAGGUAAGGGUAAUAUUACUAUUUUUAUGAAAUUAAAACGUGUAUUUUGUAGUUUAUAGUACGUUUGAUAAUAAUAUGCUUUUGUUAAUAAUCAAACUAUAAAUUUAGUUGGUAUGGAGUGUGAUCCGUCUUCAGCUGUUCCAAGCAGCUUCGACCAAACUUUAUUUCUUUGCCGGGAAGUUCUCCCUCUGGCUGUUUUCACUGUUACAAUGUUCUAUGUUUUUGGGUAUAUUAACCUCAUGGUUUUUGGCAUCGAUUAUUAUAGUGGACAAGCACGAUGCCAUUCUGAAUGAAGGCUACAUUUUCGAUCAGAUUGCCAAAGGGCAUAGACGGCUGAUAUCUCAAGGGAAUACCGAAUGGUUUUAUAAUGAAACGGGUGAAAGUUACUUCAAACUUACGACGGCAUUAAAAGGACACACGGCUGAGUUGGUGGAUCCUAUGAGUAAGGUUAUUUUCUUUGUUAUUUUGAAUUCAAAAUAUACGAAUAUUGGCCGAAUCUCUGACAUUAUAUGGUUAACAUGUUAAGCUUAUACCUAUUUUAGAGAUAAUAUCGCGAGUGCGAGAUCACGGUGAUCUGAUUUAUGUUCACUCGGAUACGGGUAGUUAUUUGGAGGCCAAAAGAUACUGUGAUAUCAAACAUACCAAAGUGACGUUUCCUAGUAUUGGUGCACAUAUUAUGUUACCUAAAAACAGUACUUUACUACCAUUGUUCAACAAAGCUAUACGAGAGAACAAGAGGAGGUUGACCAACAUAUACAGAAGGUAUAAUACGCUGAAGUUGGUUUCUGUAUGUGACAAUUUUGUAUUGGGGGAUGCUCUACGUAAGUAA